AUGUAAAAAAGAGGGACCUUUUUAAUUGGCAUUUUACCACUCUGUAAAGAUAUAAAUCAACAUUAAGUAUGUUUAGCUUGCCCGGACGGUCAAUAUUUUACUGCUGGAGGGGGAGGUUGCAGUAAUCUAUGCCUUCCUAUAUGUACAACUUGUUCUGAUGGAACAUCUUGUGAUUCAUGCAGCGUUUCAAACCCAUAUUUACUUUUACCAAGUCGAGUAUGCACAACUUGUCCAACUGGUUGUUUGACAUGCGAUCUAUCUAGUUGUUUAUCUUGUGAUACGGGAUAUUACUAGUCAACCCUUUGCAUUCAAUGCCCAACUGAAUGUAGCCUUUGUUCAUCUUCAACAAUAUGCUCUGCUUGCAAUUCUGGAUAUUACUUAUCAGGAUCAUCCUGUCUUUCUUGUACUUUACCUAGUGUCCAUUGUGGAAGUCCUUGUAAUUGUAGUAGUGGAUCCUACUUAGUUGGUUCAUGUUGCUAUCCAUGUUAAGCUCCAUGUUCAGAGUGUUCAGGCUCGGCUACAUUUUGUACAAGUUGUGUUGAUUCUACAAAUUAAUCAACAUCUACUUGUGAUUGCACGUUGCCAACAAAAUAUCUUAACGCCCUUAAUAAUUGCUCCGAUUGUGCUUCUCCUUGCGUCAAUUGUAGCUCAUUAUCAUCAUGCAGCAGUUGCAUAAAUACUUAUUACUUGCAAGGUACAUCUUGCUAGGCUUGUACAAGUCCAUGUGUUAAUUGUAACACUUCAUCAACAGAUUGUACAUCCUGUAUUGAUUCAGCACAUUAAACUACUCCAACUUGUGCAUGUGUUUCUGGAUAUAUUAAGAAUACAUCUAAUGAUAUGUGUACAGCAUGUACUUUUCCUUGCGCAACAUGUUAAAAUACAAUAAUUGAAUGUCAUAGUUGUGCUUCAACAUAUCAAUAUGAUUCAUCAGCUCAUACUUGUACUUGCUUAACAAAUCAAUAUGAAGACAAUGGAUCACCUAAAGAAUGUUAAAAUUGUUCAUUACCUUGUACAAAAUGUACUUCACCUACUGUUUGUACAGAAUGUAAUGAUGUUUCACAUUAAGUUUUAAAUGAUUGCCAUUGUAUUGAUACAUAUUAUAUGGAUUCUUCAUCUGUUUGUUAAUUAUGUAUUAGUCCAUGUCUUAAUUGUUCAAGUAAUAGUGUUUGUACAUCUUGCAUCAAUAAUUAUUAUUUAGAUAGUCCUAAUUGUUUAUAAUGUUCAUUACCUUGUUAUAAUUGUGUAGAUAUAGAUACUAAAUGUACAUCUUGUGCUCAUUCUCAUUAAACAGUAUAAAGUGAUUUAUGUGUAUGUGAUGAUGGAUAUUAUAUGGAUGGUUCUUAUUAUUGUUAAUUAUGUACUCAUCCUUGUUCUAAAUGUACAAGUACAAGUACUUAUUGUACAGAUUGUGCUAGUACAUUUAUAUCAAGUGGAUCUAAUACUUGUGUUUGUGAUGAUGGAUAUUAUGAGGAAACAUUAAAUUCACCUAGUGAUUGUUAACCUUGUACUUCACCAUGUGUUAAAUGUGAAAUAGAAUCUACUCAUUGUAUAACAUGCAUUGAUAUUAAUUAAACAGUUGAUCCAUCAACAUAUUAAUGUUUAUGUAAUAUAGGUUGGGUUGCAAAUGGAAAUUUAUGUGAUUAAUGUUAGCUACCCUGUACUAAAUGUAUUACUACAUAAGAUACUUGUACAGAAUGCUUAGAUCCUAACCAUUUAAUUAUUAACAAUAAAUGUGUUUGUAAAUCUGGAUAUGGACAAUCUGGAUUAAAUUCUAAUUAUUGUUCUAUAUGCGAAUAUCCGUGUUUAGAAUGUUCAAUAAAUGUAAAUACUUGUACAAAAUGCAUAGAUUCAACCUUGUUUACUUUUAUUUUACUUAAUAAUGAAUGUAUUUGUGAUUUGGGUUAUUUUUUAAAUAAUGAAAACAAUUGUAUAGCAUGUAUAGAGUUCUGUUUAGAAUGUAUUGAUUAAUUCAGUUGUGAAGUUUGCAUAGAUGGUUACUACUAUGAAUCCACUUUAUGUAAUAAAUGUAGUAAUAAUUGUAAAACUUGUUCAAAUUAAAAUGAUUUUUGUUUAAGUUGUAACAACAAUUAUAAUUUAAUUAAUAAUUAAUGUAUUUGUGGAUUAGGUUAUUAUUUACAGAAUGAUACUUGUUAGAAAUGUAAAUAUCCUUGUAUUGAAUGUUCGAAUGAUACUACUUGUAUAUAAUGUGCUCAAAUUGAUAAAUUAAGUAUGAGUGAUUAAUAGACAUGUAUUUGCUAAGAUGGAUAUUAUUGGUCUAUUUCUUAAUGCUUAUUAUGCCAUUUAAAUUGUCUAACAUGUCAAGAAACAAGUACAAAAUGUUUGAGUUGUGAUCUAUCUUUAAAUAAGAGACUUCAAAAUAAUUAAUGUAAUUGUAUUUUAAAUUAUUAUUUAUCUGAUUAAAAUACAUGUAAUUCAUGUGAUUCUGAAUAAGGUAAAGUAAUUUAAAGUUGCAAGUACAAAAAUUGUAAUGAUUAAGUAUGGACAUAUGGUGAAGAUUGUGAUGAUGGAAAUCAAAUAUAAGGUGAUGGUUGUUCAAAUUGUAAGAUUGAUAAAAAUUACAUUUGCACAAAUACAAUAAUGUAAAAAUCUCUAUGUUAUUCAUGUCCUCAAUUUUGUAUUUCCUGUCAAUAAAAUUCAAUUACUAAUUAGAAUGAAUGUGUAAAAUGUUAAUCUGGAUAUUAUUUGGAUCAAAAUAUAUGUUAAAUAUGCGAUAAAUAAUGUAAGGAAUGUGAGACUAAUCCAUCAAAUUGUACAAACUGCAGAUUUAUAUAAUCAGCAUCUAAAAAAUGCAAAUUAUGUGAAUAUAAAUAAGGAUAUUAUUCAGAUUAUUCUACUAACACUUGUUAUAAUAAAUGUGGUGAUUCUAUUAUAGCAGAUUCAGAAUAAUGUGAUGAUGGUAAUUAAAUUAAUGGAGAUGGAUGUAAUAAUAAAUGUCUUAUGGAAAAAAAUUUUAUAUGUUUAAAUGAUACUUGUAUCACUCCAAAUUAUCCUAUUCCAAAAUUAUCUAUUUUUGGAAGUCCUUAAAGAUAUGAAAAAGAAAGAAAAUUUAAAUUAGAAUACAAUGUUCCUCUUUUGAUUGUAAAAUCUAAUUUUGAAUUAUCUUCUGAAUUGAAAUUCUAUAUUGAAAAUAGAUCAGGAGAUGUGUAAUUAUUAAAUUAUCCAUAUACUUUUAUUUAAAAUAUGACAUUAGUUGAAAAUUCAUAUUACUCGUAUGAGGCAAUAAUUACAUUGCAAUUAAAUUAAUCAUCUCAAUAUUAGAUAUUUAAUAUAUAUUUUCUCGAUCCAUCAAAAAUUCAAUCAUACCAAGGAUAUGAAUAGAAAAUUGAUCAUGUAAAAGCGGCAGUAGAAGAGUAUGUAUAUGUUGAUGAAAGUACCUAAAGUUUAACAGAAACAUUUAAUAGUUUAAGUAUUAAUUUAUUUUACAUUAUACUAAUAUUGUUAGCAGUUUCAAUUUUAUUUGGAGGUUUGGAUAUAUUUUAUAAUCUUUUAGAUACAAUUCAACUUUUAUCUUAUCUUAAGUAUAUUAAUCUAUAAUUUCCUUAUAAUUUACAAACAUAUUUCGAAAUUUUCGGAUUUGCCUAAUUGUCAUUUAUUCAAAAUUAUUUAAAUAUUGAAGAUUUUUUUUCAAAUUACAUUUCUUUAGAAGAACUCAAACCUCUACCUAAGAAAAUUCAAGAUGAUAAUUAUUCUUCUAUUUAUUUAGUAAAUGUAAGUCAAAUAUUGGUAGUCUAUGGAACACUUUUUGGAUUAUAUUCUAUGGCUAUUAUUAUUCCACUUACAAUUAAAUAAGUUAGAUUUAAAUAUUAUGAAGAAAAUCCUGAAAAACAAGCUUUUACUUUAAAAUUAAAGAUAUAUUUUCUUUCAAUUAAAAUAUUUAUUGGGGAAAUGUGUAAAAAAGUUGUUAAUGAAUUAUUUUAUAGUGGAAUAUUGAGAACAUUUAUGGCUACUGCAUAUGAUUAUUCAUUUAUUAUGGUAUUAUAAAUUUAUACCAUUGAUAUAAAUUCAAAUUCAUUUUUACUUUAAUUUAGUUCAUUAAUUUCAUUACUUGCAUUUAUAUUAUAUAUUAUAAUUUGUUUAGUAAUUAUUUAUUUACUUGGAAAAAAUAAGCUAUCUUUGAAAUAAAAUAACAAUAUAGAAAAAUUUGGUUCAAUAAUAGAAGGUAUAAAAAUCAAGAAUAAUUAUCAAAAAUAUUUUAAUGUUGUUUUAUUAGUAAAAAAGUUAAUGUUUAUGGUCAUUCUAAUAUUUUGUUAUGAAGAUCCAUUAAGUUAAACUGUUAAUUUAUUUUUAUUAUCUAUAACUACAGCUUUAUAUUUAUUUCAUCAUAAACCAAAUGAAGAUAAAAAUGAAUAUAUUAAAUAAUUAUCAACAGAAAUUAACUUAUGUCUGACAUAUAUCUUUAUUAUCUUUUUAAUAGUAAAUGAUUAAAUAAAGAAGCUGAAUAAUAAAGAAUAAUCAUAUAUUGGUUGGAUUUGCAUAGUCCUCAUUACUUCAAUAAUUUUGAUUUAAUUAAUUAUAGAUUUAAUACAAUAAUGGAGGAUGCUAUUGAAAAAGUUUGCAACUCUAAGACGCUUUAUAAAUAAAAUAUCAAAUAUGUUUAAAAAGAAGGCAGAAUCAACCACUCCUGAUAAAAAUGUUUUUGAAGAAAUUCAAAAUCAUGAAUUUUACUAAUCUAUAAUUUUAUAUAAAUGA